CUCUGGAGUUUCAGGAUCGAUUCGAUAAAUGUGCUCGACACUUGAAUUAGGGCUCAACAAUUUCAUCAAUCUUACCAGUUUUGCAGUGAAAGCAAGGAGUUUGACACCUAGGGCAUUUUCCCCUUUGACGGUCGCAGUAAUGGGAUCUAAGGGGCUCCUUUCAAACUCAUCUGUGUCGGCUUCAUCAACUGUUGAGGGAAAGACAGAUAAGAAGCUCAAGGGAUUAGCUAGUGUAGACUUAAAUUCUGAUGAGGGUGAAGUUAAGGGGAAUGCUGGGAAAGGUAAAGUGGCUGAUCAGGGCAAGAAUGAUAAUAAAGAACAAGGUUUGGUGGGUACCAAUCAAAAUUCCAGAGAGUGUGUUUUUAAGGAGAUCAUGAAUGAUCCUGGCAGAAUCAACGCAGUGAUGGUUCAACAACUCAAGGCUGCAUCGCGGCAUGUACAAAUUUUGAGGAUAAACAUAAAAAGAUAUAUAUGGAUUCUGUUUUAGGUGUUUGUGUUCUCGUAUCAUAAGUUUUUAGCUUUAAUGUAUCAUUUCAUGAACACAAAGUAGGGCACUGUGCACAUAUCCUAAAUUCUUGAAGGCCAUUGAUGAUAAAGAGAAUAAACCACAAAGAAGCUGUGCAAUAAAAAACAGUAGGCAUG